CGGGGGGGAGCGGGGCGGAGCGGGGCGGGGGCCGGGCGGGAGGGAGGGAGGGAGCGAGCGAGCCCGGAGCUCAUCUGCGGCGCCUCCGGCCUCCUGGGGGAGGGCGGCCCUGUGCUCAGCGGUCCCCGUUCCCCCGCCCCGUUCAGCCCGCGCGAGGCGCCUCAGGGGCGGGGGGAGUGGAGCUGUAACGGCUCUAACGGCCGGGGGACGCGCGCUCGCGUGUGGGGGUGGGUUACGGGGCUCUCUCCUCUCCCCGAGACCUGAGGUGUCGGGCCGGGAGCGGGGGUGCUUGAGCUUCCCGUUGCGCGGCCGUGGCGCCGGUCAGGGCUGGCCUCGUCGCCAUCGCGGGCGGGCGGGGGCUGCGGUGUGCCGUGUGCCUUACGUCCCGCGUGUCGGCGGGGGAAGCGGCUCCGUGGGGACCGGUGCACAGAUCGUGGCUGGCGUGGAGAACGCCAAUAUAUCCUGCCUCUGCACCCCCUCUCGCAAUACAAAAAGUCGGGGGACAUCAAAUGCUGCCCUGCAGGAGCUAAGCCCAAAACAGGAUCAGGUGGUCUGUCUGUCAGUAGAAUUAUCCAGCAUGUCUUCACUAACAGAAAAGGACAGACCAAUUGUUAAGCUGUUACUGAGCACUGGUACUUGCCCACGGUGUAUUUUGAGGUUCUGCUCUGUGGGAUCACAGACACUUUAUAGGCAUCCGUACAAGGAUUUGAUGAAGGAUUUAGAAGAAUUUUUGAAAAAAAAUCAAGAAAAAGAAGAUACAGUUUGUUUUGAAGUAGUUGAUCCACCUUGUAAGAGAAUCAGACUUGAACACACAGAAGAAGGGCCUGAUGAUGUGAACCACAAUGGAGGACUCCAGCAGAUUCCUUUGGUUAACAAUGAAAAUACUGCAGUGGAGAACUUGGCUGUGAAGGUUUGCAAUGUGUGUUUGGGAGUUCUUCAGGAGUUCUGCGAGGUUGACUUUGUUAAAAAGGUGUGCCAAAAGGUUAAUUCCGCUGACUACCAGUUCACUAGUUUUGUAUUUUCUAUGUCGCUACCCCCACAGCUGUCUGUUAGGGAGCGUGCUGCUUGGCUGCUGGUAAAACAGGAAAUGGGAAAUCUGGGCCUUUCCUUGGCAAAGGAUGACAUUGUUCAGCUGAAAGAAGCUUAUAAGUGGAUUAUUCAUCCCCAGUUGUCAGAGGAAUUGGGUGUUCCUGCUGAUGGAAAGAGUUUGUUUGAAGUUAGCGUGGUCUUUGCUCACCCAGAAACAGACGAGGAGUGCCAUUUCCUAGCCACAGCCUGUCCAGACUGUUUCAAACCAGCGAAAAACAAACAGUCUGUUUUCACUAGAAUGGCAGUUAUAAAAGCCCUAGAGAAGAUAAAAGAAGAGGAUUUUCUCAAGCAUUUUCCAUGUCCCCCAAGUUCACCAAAGAACCUCUGUGUUGCUCUGGAAAUUCAGUGCAAUAAUGGUGCAGUUUUUGUGGCUGGAAGAUACAACAAAUAUUCAAGGAAUUUACCUCAGACUCCUUGGAUUAUUGAUGGGGAGCGGAAGCUGGAAUCUUCAGUGGAAGAACUGAUUUCAGAGCAUCUAAUGGCAGAAUUCAAAGCAGAUAGCUUUAAUUUUUCUUCCUCUGGAAGAGAAGAUGUGGAUGUGAGAACACUAGGCAAUGGAAGGCCCUUUGCAAUUGAGCUUGUGAAUCCUCGUAGAAUACAUUUUACUGCUGAGGAAAUGAAGGGACUUCAGCAGACAAUUAAUAACUCCUCAGACAAAAUACAGGUUCGAGAUUUACAGCUUGUCACCAGAGAGGCAAUUGGUCGUAUGAAGGAAGGUGAAGAGGAAAAGACAAAGACCUAUAGUGCCUUAAUAUGGACAGAUAAAGCAAUACAGAAAGAAGAUAUUGCAUUUCUAGAUGAUAUCAAGGAAUUAAAACUUGACCAGAAGACACCUCUCCGGGUUCUUCACAGAAGGCCUCUAGCUGUAAGAUGUCGGAUUAUUCACACCAUGAAAUCUGAGUACAUAGACGAGCAUCAUUUUCGCCUGCAUCUGAAGACCCAAGCAGGAACCUACAUUAAAGAAUUUGUGCAUGGAGACUUUGGAAGAACAAAGCCCAAUAUUGGCUCUCUACUGAACAGAACUGCUGACAUUCUGGAGUUGGAUGUAGAAGAUAAUACAGAAAGACAGCUGCAGAGGGUACUUCAGUUACUUCUGAAAACAGGAACACUUGACUUGGGGCUCAGGCUGAUAAGCAUCACUCUUACGGAUAGGUGUCACUACAGUUAUUGGACAUAACUAUGAAAGAUGCCAUGGGACUUGAAAAUGAUUAGUCAUCUUGCUAAUAAUGCAUUUAAGCGCAGCCUAAGAGCCUAAUCCUUUGACAAAGUUGUAGAUUAGGCAAGGAGUAGGUAUGAUUAAUGUAGGCAGUCUUGAAGCCAAGGCGUUUAAUGUGCUGUGAGGUGAUCCCUGUGUUGUGAUUGCAAAUGGUGAUACUACAGUAGCGUAGGGUGUGCUGCUUUUGGAAGAGGGUGAGCAACAAGUUUACGCCCAAAGGGAAUCGGAGAUGGCCUCAGGGAGGCCGGGGAAGAAAGACGUAAUCCAAGUUGUAGUAAUUACGACAUUUGCUUCUGAUAAAGUGCCAGGCAUGUUCUGUCCCUUUUGACUAACAGUCAGGAUUACUGUUAAUGAUGUUGCCUAGAUAAUUCGUGUGCAUAAUGCUUGACAGCUUAUUCUUUUAGUCUAGUUUUCCUUAGGAGGCAGAUUUGGGGACAGGUGAUGGUUUUCUACUCGAUCCUUGCCUGCACUGCCCAAUACCUGAAUAUUUCUGUGGCAUCAAUCAACAGGUUAUUUGUUGUCACAUCAUAACAGCCCAUCUGUAGGAUGGGUAGAAGAUGGAGAUGGUUCACGUUUCUAAUUAACAGUUCUGGACUCUGUAAAUACAACCCAACAUCAAAUGAUGCUGGGAAGUAGUAGUACAAGGAGUUGUGAUUCUGCUUUACGAAGCCCAGCUCCCAGAAAGCUCUCUCCAGAUACACACGGAGCCACUAGAACAAGGUGGCUGUUUCAUGGCACUGUCCCCUGCUUGUCUUGUCCUCGUCUCUUAUUUUAGUGUCCUUUAUUUACUGUUUCUUUUCACUAUUAGCCUAUAGCUGACAAGCAGAGAGUUCUGAUACCAAGUCUCUUUAUAUAUGUAAAAUACCCAGUCUGCUGAUUUUGCCUCCCCGCCCCUGCCCCGC